AUCAGUCAUCUGUUUCAACUGUAACAUGAAGGCGAUCUUAUUAGUAACUUUGGCCAUUGCCACAUUGGCAUCCGGAUACGUGGUUGUUCCUGAGAAGCAAGUCCACUAUGCUGACAAAGAUUUCUUAGUUAAGCAAAAAGCCAUCUUAGAAGUCUUCCAACACGUUCACCAAAAGGAAGUUCACACACAACUCUGGACUGAUUCAAAGAACUACAACAUCGAGGAACACUAUGACUCGUUCACAAACGUUGAAGCUGUAAAAGAAUUCGUGAGACUUUACAACCAUGGUCUUCUUGGAUUCGAAGAGAUCUUCACUGUCUUAAAUGAAGAACAAUCUCAUGAAGUCAAUGCUCUCUUCAACAUCUUCUACUAUGCCAAAGAUUGGGAAACAUUCUACAAGGUCAUGGUUUGGGCUCGCUUCCAUGUUAAUGAAGGCAUGUUCAUCUACGCUUUGACCACCGCCAUCUAUCAUCGCCCAGAUUUUGUCGGAAUCGAAUUGCCUGCCAUCUACGAAAUCUACCCAUACUAUUUCUUCCAUGCUGAAGUUUUGCAAAAGGCUCAUCAAUACAAAAUGCAAGGAUUCUAUGGCAUGAAGAAGGUUGAAGGAGUUUACCAAGCUGUCAUCCCAGCAAACUACACUGGCUGGUACAUGCACACCAACGCUGAACAAAAGGUUUCAUACUUCACAGAAGAUAUUGGUCUUAACGCUUGGUACUACUAUCUUCAAGCUGAUUUCCCAUACUGGUUAGGAGGAAAGGAAUUCGGAUUAUACAAAGACCGUCGUGGGGAAUUGUACUUGUUCCACCAUCAACAACUUUUGGCCCGUUACUACUUGGAACGCCUUUCCAAUGAUUUGGGAGUCAUUCCAGAAAUCACAUACGAAUUGCCAAUCAAGACUGGAUACUUCCCAGACAUGUACUACUACAAUGGUGUUCCUUUCCCAGCUCGUGACAACAAUUACAUUAUGUACACAGAAGACAACUACCAUCUCAUCCAAGAAGUUGAAGACUACGAACGUCGCAUCCGUGAUGCUAUUGAUCUUGGAUACAUUGUCAUGCCAAAUGGCGACCAUGUUGACUUGACCAAGCCAGAAUCUGUUGAAUAUUUGGGUAACUUGAUCCAAACAAAUCCAGACAGUGUCAAUACAAGAUACUACGGAUUUUUGGAAAUGUAUGCAAGAAUUCUCCUCGGAGCUUCCGUUGAACACUUUGAAGAUCACAAAGUCAUCCCAAGUGUAUUGGAACAAUUCGAAACAUCACUUCGCGACCCAGUCUUCUACCAAUUAUACAAACGUAUCAUUGGAUUCUAUUGGCAAUUCAAAGAACAUCUUCCACACUACACAGUUGAAGAAAUUGAAUUCCCCGGUGUCAAGAUUGAGGGAGUUGAAAUGGACAAACUUGUAACCUAUUUCGAUAGAUUCGAUGCUGAUAUCACAAACGCCGUUGAUGUCGAAGUUUAUGAUGAGAAGACACCAGCAUCAGAAUUGAAGAAAUUCGGAAAGAUUGCUCACUAUCAAGGUGAAGAUUUCGUCAUCAAGGCUCGUUCAACUCGCUUGAAUACAGUUCCAUUCACAUACAAACUCUCAGUUGCCAGUGAAAAGGCAGUUAAGGGAGUUGUCCGUGCUUAUCUUGGACCAAAAUACGACAGCUACGGAAACGUUUACCAUGUCAAUGAUAACCGUGAAAACUUCGUUCUUUUGGAUGUGUUUGCUUAUGAAUUCCAAGCCGGAAAGAACGUCAUCACCCGUAACUCAAAUGAUUUCUCAUUCUUCGUUAAAGACCGCACAACAUUCUUCGAACUUUACAAACAAGUCAUGAAUGCAUACACAACUGGAGAUAAAUACCAAUUGCACACUUCAGAGGCUCACACUGGAUUCCCUGCUCGUUUGAUGUUGCCAAAGGGUAAGAAGGGAGGUAUGCCAUACCAAUUCUUCUUCGUCGUCUCACCUUACAAUGCACCCACAACUAAGCCUCAUGAAGGAUAUGAAGAAUUCGGAUAUGGAUAUGUUGAUUCUCUUCCUUAUGGAUAUCCUCUUGAUCGUGAGAUCAACGAAAACUACUGGUUCACACCAAACAUGUACUACUAUGAUGUCAACAUCUUCCAUAAAACACAAACAGAAAUCAACGCCUCUCAUUAAAAGAAUAAACAAUCUCAACAUCACUGCCCUGCCCUUUGAUAACUUCAAUAUUUAAAAAAUGUGUAGAUAGUUCUUGCAAAAAAAUCAUUGAUUUGAUUAAAAAAUUUAAAAAAAAAUUACACGAAAUAAAAGAAAAAACACUAGUAAAAAAACAUAAUUUAAAUAUUUUAUUUCCUCUUCUUAUUAAAGCUUUUCAAUUAAAUAUCUUAUAAAUCUUGCAAUGUUAUGUUA